GUCAAAUCCAGUUCCAAUAUAAAGCAAGCGAGGUGUUGUGUGCUAUGUUCUGCGCACCGUGGUUCUGUCACAGAACACCUGGUUCUGUGGUUCUGUAUUUCAGUGGGAGGCACUGCGCCGUGCUCCCAACCGGGCUGCGGAAAUUACGUGCCUUGUUCCUCUUCUAACCACUACCGCCACCACUUGUGUGGGGUGUUCUUUGGCAAGCGCAGCCGCACAGCGUUCCGUGUGUGUAAGACUGCGUUCGCUGGCAAAGCGUCUUGCGUUAGAUCAAAUACACCUUUGCAGCUGUGCAGGGACGGACAAAGAAUGAGAGGCAGUCGGCAACGCCAACGACGCCGCGGCAGGCACGGUGAUCAGCUGGACAGCGCUACUUCGUCGGGAGGUGACAACGGGCAGGACGAUGCGUUUCAUUUGCCGGGCUUCUAUUACGACGCCUCUCAACGGCGCUACUUUCGAGUCACGCCUGGCCAGAACAGGCACAACCCGCUCACGAUGGCAUCCAUCGAUGCCAAGCUGUCGGAAAAGAAGUGCCGAGAAGUCGUCAAAGCGAGUCUUCAGCGCAGCGGCAACACCGCUCUGCCCCGGAGCCUGAGUCGCAUGCAGAUUGGACUGCUACCGUACAGCAAGUUUGCUGCAUCAGUGCAACGCGUGCGCAUGGCGUCGCUCAAAGGCACCGUGCAGGCAGAGAUUGAGAGCGGUGGCGAAUGCACCUACCUUUCGGGACUGCGGGAUUCGGAUACAGCAUUUUGCGUCGGCGCGUGGGCCACUGAAAAUGGAGACGGCCGUCGCGGCUACGACCUCCGUUUUGUCGACCUCGCCAGCUCUACGAAUGACCGCUGGAAAACAAUCGCCUCAAAUCUAGCACAUAAGGUGAUGGACAUCAGUGUUUGUCGUAAACCUGACGGAACAACCUACACACUUUGUGCAUAUGUUCCCCCAGACUUCAUGACAGGCUGUGGAAGUACCAUGAAGUUGUUUUCCAUCAAUGACGGAGAACUACGAGGAGUGUGGGCUGCCUUUUAUAAUACUAUAUAUAGCUGUGCCAUGUCAACUGGAAGGCGGGCCUUUGCUGCUGGCAUGGAAAAAUAUGUAGACCAUCUGCAAAUUCGGGAGGCUGCAGUGAAGAGCUCGCUGGUGAUUGCCCGUGAACGCGCACUCAGUGUGGAGUUUAGUGAAGAUGGCAACCUUCUCUUUGCGGGAACACACCGUGGUAAUGUGAUGGGCUUUGACUUGCGCGACCGACCACAUUUAGGUCCCACUUUUGUGAUUCCUGUUCAUCGUGGUGUGGUGUCCCUUAGAGUGAUUGGCCCUAGCCUGAGGAUGAUUGCAAGUGCCUAUGAUGGAAACCUGGUCCUGGUGGACCCCCGGAACAAGCACAUUGUGCAGAGAUUCAAUGGUCACUGCAACAACGGGUUGAAAAUGCCCUUAAGCUACAAUGCAUCCGAACAAACUCUGUGCUCAGCGGGACAUGACAAAGUAGUGAGGCUGUGGAAAGUUGGUGAGGAAGAUCCGCUGACUGCAUUGAUGCCAGGCAACGGACAGCACCAGCCAUGGCCCUGGUACUCAAGCAAGCUGUUAUGUGCUGCAGGUCACCAGUUCUUCAGCUUUUCCUAAUGGUGUCUAGUCAUGAGCUACAAGAAUUUUGUAUCAAAGUCAUGUGAUGUUUCAAGCUUGUUGUAUGAUGUGCCUUCCGAGAUGUGUGAAAUACAAUUGAACACAGCUCAUACCAAAGGACUGUAUGUGGUUAACUGAGUUCCAUAUAUAUGUACUCAUCUACAGUCUGUAAUAAACUUAUUGAACAUUUUAAAUA